UCCAUUCCUUGAGCUUGUCUUCUCUUUCCUAGGAUAAGGGUUUUCUCCCAGAUAAGAUUAUUUUCUAGGGUUUUCAAAUUAUUCUCGCCGAAACUCCUUUGAUGGAUCUUAUCAAAAAAAGAAAACUAGAUGAGAAUGGCGUCGUUCUGGUUGACCCCUCCGACGGCGGACCGAAUAAACUCACUCUCGAAGACGCUCGCAAGAUCAUCGAGCCUUUCACUCAGGAACAACUCUUCGAGAUCGUCCAAAACGCCGCCGUUAGGCACCUAGACGUACUCGACGCAGUUAGAUCCAUCGCUGACCGUGAUCAUACUCAGCGCAAGCUUUUCAUCCGUGGUCUCGGCUGGGACACGACCACUGAGAAGCUCCGAGCUAUCUUCUCCGCCUAUGGUGAACUCGAAGAAGCUGUGGUGAUUUUGGACAAGGCCACCGGAAAAUCCAAAGGCUAUGGUUUUAUCACUUUCAAACACAUAGAUGGAGCUUUGUUGUCUUUGAAGGAGCCGAGCAAGAAAAUCGACGGUCGAAUGACUGUGACGCAAUUGGCGUCGGCUGGGAUGUCAGGUGGGCCCACGGGGAAUUCGAAUUCGCCGGAUAUUUCGUUGAGAAAGAUUUAUGUGGCGAAUGUGCCGUACGACAUGUCGCCGGACAGAUUGUUGGUGCAUUUUUCGAUGUAUGGAGAGAUAGAGGAAGGGCCUUUAGGGUUUGAUAAAGCCACCGGGAAGAGUAAAGGGUUUGCGCUUUUUGUGUAUAAGACGCCAGAGGCAGCGAGGGCGUCUUUGGUGGAUCCUAUAAAGAAUAUUGAUGGGCAUCAGUUGAAUUGUAAGUUGGCGAUUGACGGAAAAAAGGGGAAAGUGGGUCCUGGGGGAGGUCAGGCGCCGACGGGGAUUCCUGUGGAGGCCCACGGUGAUGGGGUUGGAUUGAACCAGCCGGCUUCUGUCCCAGGUUCGCAGUUUGGUGGUCCGGGUGGACUUGGGGGUUAUGGUGGGUUUUCGGGAGGGUUGCAAGGGCCGUCUCCAUUGGGUCAAGGUCAUCAUCCUCUGAAUUCUUCUUUGGGUGGUCCAGGGUUGUCGUCCCUUGGUAGUCAAGGACAAUCUACUUUGGGUAUUAGUGGUGGGUUUGCUUCUGGGCUGGGUGGGCCUUACAGUGGCUCUCAUUACGGGGGACCUGGUUCAUCUGCUUAUAGCGGAUUGGGUAGUGCUGGUGGCGGGGUAGGUGGUGCUGGUCGUGGGUCUUCACUGUACGGGUUGCCGCCGAGCUCGGGUGGAAUAACUUCUGGAGAUUAUCCUCAGAGUGCGCACUAUAGUUUGUCAUCGGCCGCUUACCAAAGCCAACAUAACCAGGCGGCAGGUGCAUCCCCGGUACCAAGAGUUCCACACGGAGGAUUAUACCAGGGCUUGGGCCCUUACUACUGAGGUGUGUGACAGCUUGUUGGCGCAGUUGCUUUUUGUGGUUCUGGUGAUUUCGUGAAUGCAGACAAUCUUAGCUCUGGCUUGAUGAAUUGAUUAGCCGUACUCAUCUGCGCCUUAAGAUGUGGCCCUUUCUGAUUGGUGGUAGUUAAAGUGCUAGUUAGACUAGUUUUAUGUGUUUUGUCAGGAAUCCGUAUUUCCUUUGGAAUGUUUUAUUGUGAAAUAAAUUUGCUGUUAUAUGACUUGACAAUAUUCUGUGGUAAGAUCUGGAAAUGUGUUUGGUUGAUGCUGCUGCUGUUGGUUUUUACUGGUUUUCAUGUCCUGUGUUGUGGUUGGUGGACCUCUUCUAUAUAAGACUGGUCAAUGUUUGAUGUAUCACAUUAACACGCCCACACCUAGACCCAUAACCAGACCUGCACCCAAAGAAACGCU